AUGAGUUUGUCAGAGGUGAUCAACAAUCCGAUGGUUCAAUCGAGCUAUCGGGUGCUUUCUCAAGUCUACGAUCAAUUCCAAUCUCUCGAUUCGACUCUUCUCUUCAAUAUAUUAUUUUUGAAUCAUGCCUUCAUUAUUGCUUUGAUGGUAAAAAGAGCUUUUAAUGGAUUAAUUGCAACUCAAAAAGUAAAGGAAAUUCCUUUCGUGGCUGGCAUGCUUCUUUGUUUUGCGAUUGGCACUGGAGGUGCUAUUUUGACAUCUUUGUUGUUAGGAAAAACUCAAAUUUUCUUUACUAAUGAUACAAUUAAUUUGUAUUUAAUUUGCGCCUGGAUUAUUACAAUUUAUGCUCCUUUCAAUCUUGUUGACUGGCUCAUUGGUAAUGCUCUUGUUCAACUCUUUACUUUUGCCAUCGAAGGUUACUUUGUUGCUGGCUUUUGUAUUGGUGGAGUUAAUACUGGAGUGGCUGAAUAUCCACAAUCCACUUUUGCUCCUAUUAUUCUGGGAACUGUAUCAUGUGUUGGAGGUGCGAUUUUAAGACCAUUCUUUUUGAACUUGUACAUUGGAGAGAGUGUUGAGAGCAGUAUUUUGAGCUCUCCAAACUUUGUUCUUAAGGCUCCAAUACUCACAAGCAUUUUCUUCUAUGUUACCAAACAUAUUUACAAGAUGAGCACCAUCAACAUUCCACUUGGUGCUCUUCCUUUCAAAGAACUCGAAAAUGUCACUCUCUCUUUCACACCAGAACAAGUACUUAAGGCCUAUUUUACUUUACAUUUCGUGAUGAUUUACUCCAUGUCUCAUCCUGCAUUCAUGAAGGCACCAAAGAAGAUUUCAACCAACAAGGUCUCAUCCACCAGUAGUACUCCUCCUCCAACGAAACAAGAAGCUCAACAAAAGGCAGUCACUGAAAAGAAGAAGGAAACUAAAAAAAAUAAGUAA